GAGUUGAGAGUGUUUCUGUCAGGAUGGCAGAAAAAUUUGGAAUGGGACUCAUUUCUGUGUCUUUGCUGCAUUUUCUGCUUUUAAAUGUUCGGCUGGGUUCUGGAGCUCCGGCUCCAUCUGCGGAUGAAGUGUUUCUGUCCGGUCAAUCAGCUGACAGCAUUUUGCGCAGACACAAACGUUACAACACUGGACUGUUUGAGGAGUUUCUGCAGGGAAACCUGGAGAGAGAGUGUAUAGAGGAAUUAUGCGACCUAGAAGAGGCGAGGGAGACAUUCGAGAAUGAUGAAAAGACAAUGGAAUUUUGGGCAGGAUAUACAGAUGGUAAUCAGUGUAUGUCAGGGCCAUGCCUGAACCAGGGGUCAUGUAAAGACAUCCUGGGCUCCUACACCUGCACAUGUGCAUCUGGCUUCACUGGGAGCAACUGUGAGAUUGUUAUAGCAAAAAGAUGCGAUGUGAACAAUGGAGACUGUACGCACUUCUGUCACUCAUUAGGAGUCUUUAGAGCAAAAUGCUCCUGUGCUGCAGGAUACAGACUGAUGCAGGAUGGUGUCAGCUGUGAAGCAGAAGUUGAAUUCCCAUGUGGCACAACUGCCCUGACAGCACAGAGUGGAUCUGUGCUCCACUAUGAUAAUGCAAACACCACUUCACUGACCAACACGAACACUACUCCAUACCCUCCCUCAACUCCAGCCCCUACCACAGUAUCGUUUAUGGACACAAGAAAUAGACUAAAGAAACUGCCCCUGUGGGUAUACAGUGACACUGAGGCCCCCACUGAGGAGCCAAUAACGCCUUAUAAACGUAUCGUCGGAGGUGAAGUGGUCCUACCGGGAGAGAUCCCAUGGCAGGUAGCCUUGGUAGCACAUCCCAGAGGUCAUAUAUUCUGUGGGGGAUCCAUUCUGAGCGAACACUGGGUUAUCACUGCUGCUCAUUGCCUGAUAGAGGCACAAGGCUCCUUCUUCGUCAGAGUGGGUAAGGCUGACAUACAAUAAAAUGGCGCUGUUUAG